UCCACAAUGGAGCUCUCUGAUGGAGGCCAACAGCAGAGUGAUGAUGCAGGUGUUGUUGUUGGCGUUGGUGGUGCAGGUCACCGUGUCCCAGCACUGGUCCUAUGGAUGGCUACCAGGUGGAAAGAGAAGUGUGGGAGAGCUGGAGGCAACCAUCAGGAUGAUGGGUACAGGAGGUGUGGUGUCUCUUCCCGAGGAGGCGAGUGCCCAAACCCAGGAGAGACUGAGACCAUACCAUGUCAUGAGCGGCGAGUCCAGUUAUUUCGACCGAAAGAAAAGGUCGGCUCCGUGA